AUGGUAAACGCUCAAGAAUAUAUAGAAAACAAUUUUCCUAAAGAUGUUAUUGAAGUCAAUGCUGCAAAUAAGGAUUUAGAAGGACAUUUGGAUUUAUCAAAAUAUCCUAAUUUAACCAAAGUAAACAUUGGAAUAAACAAUCAAUUAACAGGUUUAAAACUUGCUCACUCGAACCAAAUUGUUUGGAUGAGCAUCUAUGGUACAAGAAUUGACGAUUUCUCUUUUUUGGCUUGCAUGCUUAACAUACAGACAGUAUACCUUUCUCAAUCAGGAGAAAAAAUUGGUGAUGGUCCUGGCAAUGCUUAUAUUGCCAAAGCAAUACGAGAAAGUUGCCAAGAGAAUUACAAAUUUCAAAACAGUUUAAGGCAAUCGAAUCAAACCCAACUAGAUCAAGAAAGAAAAAAAAAUAGUGACAAUUCUCAAAGAAUUAAAGAGUUAGAGCAACAUCAGAUAAAAGAAUUGUACAAUAUUACUUUUUCUAAUAGUACGUAUAAUUUCACUAAUCUCAAAAAUGACAUUAUCCGACUUAAAUUCCAAGAAUUAGCACCGCAAGUAAGAAAUGAAAAUGCUAAUUUGGUUCAGUUAAUUUUUGAAGCAAAAAACAAAGCUGGCAAUCUUUCUUCCAUAGUUAAUUUAAUCUUAGAAACUCAAAAGCAGAUCAUACAAAACAGUGUCAAGCAAGAAAAAUUAAGUAGUCAAAUUGAAGCUUGUCAAACCAUUCUUGCAAGCAGCUUGGCUAAAGAAGAGCUGCAAAUACUCUUAAACAAACAGAUAGAAGUUUUAGAAUUAGAAAAGCAUUUAGAAAGUAUUCAACGAUUAAUUAAUGAACAUUAA